UGUGUAUGGCCCUUUAAGAGAUUUCUCUCCUAUUCACGUGAUAAGGUGCGCUGACUCUGUGUGCGCAUGCGGGGAUCCGCGAGAAAAACGUGGAACAUUCUGGGUGUGAUGCGUGUCGUCGCGAUCUGUUGUUUGAGGCAUAGUUGUAAUUACGGGUAAAUACCUUUUGUUUGUGUUUAUAUAGACCCGUAUAUGUUCAUAUUGCUCUGUCUAAAUGUGUAUUUGAUGGUACAUGUUAAUAGAUUACGUGGAUCGGUUGUGCACGUGGCGAUUGAACCUCGUGGUGAGUGCUAGCGAGCAUUUGGGUAUGUACGUUUAUUUUGGUUAAAAGCUAUUACUCCUGUAUUAAUCUUUCUUUCUAAAAAAGGGCCUUUGUUAAUAGCUCUGUAAGAAGAAUAUGGACGCCACUACCGUAUUUUGUUUCAUUGUAUUUUGUUUCAUUGUAUUUUGUUUCAUUGUAUUUUGUUUCAUUUUGGUUGGUUUCAUUUUAUUUCUUGUAAACCCUUUUUCUCCCAUCGACCGCUGUAAAACUUGUAUGUAAACAGCAGUCAGAUUAAACCUCCAUAAUUUAAUAGUUUGCCGGGUUGUGCUUUAUUUCUCGUACUCCCCGGUUACAUUUGGUACCAGGAGUGGGGUAUCUGACUGUUGGGAGCUCUUGGGCGUUUUAUACAUUUUUUUUUUGGUUAAAAUACGGUGGUGGUGAGUUGCAGAUAUUUAUAGACGCAGAGGGGAGCAAUUUCCUGUGCUGUGAGUGUCCAGUGUGAAGACAUCGGCUGGGUGUUUUCUGACCAAGGGAGUGGAUCGCUGGACGAGAGCAGGGAUAUCGUUUGUCUGUGACUGAGCUCAGGAGUGUGCUAUCGGCUAGAGGCCUGUUGCGUCUGUACUGCAUGAAGAGGAUCCAGUGUUGCAGACAUUUCUUGAUGGAAUAUCCUUUGAACUGAACAAGGACAAACAAUCUAAAGGACAUUGUAUUUGUGGACUUUUGUAAUUGUGUUCAGCAACAUGUCACAGUCUAGCAAUGAAGAUUCCGCCUUACCGGGUACUUCUGCUAAUGUAAAUCCUGAUGAGUAUGAUGUUCAUGAACAAAUCCAAGAAUUGAGUAGAAAACAUGCUGAAACCGUAGCAGCGAUAGCGGGCCUAAAUCGAGAGCCCAGUAGGUCCUAUAUCUACGUGCCGAGGGAAAGACACAUUCAGUCUUUUAGUGGGGAAUUCAGCAAAGACGGUAGAAAUGUGGAUGAGUUCAUUGAAGAGGUAGAAAGAGUGUUGCUUGUUAGAAACCAGACUCCUGAAGAUCAAGCAGACUUCGUUCUUUCUUUGUUAAAGGGUGCCGCUUUGGAGGAGGUUAGGUUAAGAAGGGGGGCUCAACCUCAGGGAACAGAGGAUCUUUUUACUUACCUCAGAGAUGCUUUUGGGGAGAAGCGUAGUCUUGCACAGCUACUGCAGAGUUUCUAUACUCGUAAGCAAUUAGAAGGUGAAGACCUGCGUAUGUACUCUCACUCUUUGUCACAGAUCUUGAACUCAGUCGUGAAGCAGUCCCCAGAUGCCAUUGCAAAUGUGAAUUCUGCCAUUAGAGAUCAGUUUGUAGAGGGGGUUAAAGAUGCAUCUCUUAGAAGGGAACUUCGUAAAUUUGUGAGGGAUAAGCCCCAAGCAACCUUGAUUGAGGUACGAGACGAAGCAAUCAUGUGGUCUCUCGAAGACCCCAAAUUGCGUGUUAGCAGAGCAGCUCUUCAUCAUCAUGUAACCUCUGAGUCUGCAGAAGCCCGCUGUGAGGCUAUUGAGAAAAGCUCUGUCACGCUUGAAGAAGUCUUAAAGGUAGUAGCCGAGCAAGGGAAGGCCAUAGGUGAACUAACUCAAGCAAUUCAGAAAUUGACGCUUCAUUGUACUAAUGCUGAAGUGGUGAGUCGCCCCAAGGCUAAAAUGCAGCCCAGAUUUGCAGAUGAUGGCCAGCCCAUCUGCUUCAAGUGUAAUGAGGUGGGGCACAUAGCCAAAAACUGCGUGAGAAAGCUCAAACAGACAGUCAGGGAGGAUUCUGUAUCCUCCACGCCUCAGGGAAAUGCGCACCCUCGGUCGCUGUGAGCCAGGCGAUGCGAGGGCGGACUAUUGGCUCGACUCAAUUUAACUCUGAUCGUGACCGUUUACUCCAAAAUGCUGUGGGGAGGUGUCCUGUAGUUGACUUGAAGAUUUGCGGAGUAGAUGUUUCAUGUUUGCUUGAUACUGGAAGUCAGGUCAGUACGAUUUCAGAACAGUUCUUCAAAGAGCAUUUAGCAGGUGAAGACGAAGAACUGCUUUCUACAUCCGGUUGGCUAAAAAUUACCGCUGCAAAUGGGUUAGAUAUCCCUUACCUUGGAUAUCUCGAGCUUCAAGUUGAGACGAUGGGUAUAACCCUGUCGGAGUGUGGGUUUUUAGUAGUCAGAGAUGCACAGAGUUCAUCUGCUGUUCCUGCACUCAUUGGCAUGAAUAUCAUAGACCGAUGUAGGCAGUUGGUUCAUGCUGAAUUUGAUACCACUCUAGGUGGAG